CAUUGAUCAUUGCUUUCUUAAGUUAGUAUUGUGAGUGCCGUCGACGACAUUUGACCAUUGAACAUUUGACAUUUCUUUAAAAAGCCAUUUCUCUCCUCCAUUUACCUUCAAUUUUGGUAACUACAAAUUCUUUGACCAUUUUCAAGUUACCAAAAAUUCCACUCCUCUUUUAAAUGGCAUCGCCGGUGAUUGUCUCCGACGAGCCACUUACUCCUGCCGGCAGGCUAUUUCUCCAGCCGGAAAUGAAAACCAUAAUCCACUGUUCACUUGGCUUUAAAUACCGCAUCGACAUAGACGAAAUAAAAUCCACCAUAAAGAAUUCUCUCAUGGUGAAGCACCCAAGAUUCUGCAGUCUCCUUGUGCGUGACAAGAAUGGAUUCGAGCACUGGAGAAGAACAGAGAUCGACAUCGAUCGACACAUCAUACUUGUCGACGAAAACUCCACCACCGACGGCGGCGAUGAUGUUGAUAAAAUAGUGAACGAUCAUAUAGCAGAUUUAUCAGUAAGUAGCCCUCUUAGCUGCGACAAGCCUUUGUGGGAAAUACAUAUCAUGAUGGAGAAGAAGUGUGCGAUAUUCAGGAUUCAUCACGCUCUCGGAGAUGGGAUCUCGCUGAUGUCGAUGCUGCUGGCUAGUUGCAGGAAGGCGGAGGAUCCAUCGGCGGUGCCCACCUUGAUGACUGGUAGCCGGAGGGAUUGGAGAGAAGGGAAAGGGAAGGAUUGGAGAGGGGUUUUGAUGGGGGUUUUGAAGAUGGUUUUGUUUAGUUUAGUUUUCUGUUUGGAGUUUAUUUUGAGGUGUUUGUGGGUUCGUGAUCGAAAGACAGUAAUCUCCGGCGGUGAUGGGAUGGAGCUGUGGCCGAGAAAGGUUGCUACCGCUAGGUUUUUGAUUGAAGACAUGAAAGUGGUGAAAAAGGCAGUUGCUAAUGCGACCAUUAAUGACGUCCUUUUUGGGGUGAUAUCAGCUGGAUUAUCAACGUACUUGGAUCAUCGAUCACCAAAUACUCUAAAAGAGGGCCAGCAACUAACAGGAGUAGCAAUGGUUAAUUUAAGAAAGCAAACAGGAUUGCAAGAUCCAGCCAAGAUGAUGGAAAGCAAUUCGACAUGUCGUUGGGGCAACAAGUUUGGCAUGCUCCUAUUGCCUACUUAUUACCAUAAAGUUGAACCUCUUGAGCAUGUGAAGAGAGCUAAGGUAAUGAUAGACAGGAAGAAGCAGACAUUAGAGGCUCACUUCUCGUACCAAAUUGGGGAUUUAGCAAUGUCAUUGCUGGGACCAAAGGUCGCUAGCUUGCUUAACUACAGAAUUCUUUGUAACACUACAUUUACGAUCUCAAACGUGGUCGGACCGAAAGAGGAGAUAACCAUAGCAGGCAACCCUAUAACAUUCAUAAGGGUUAACACAUCUAGCUUACCCCAAGCAUUGACAAUGCACAUGGUGAGCUAUGCAGGGAGAGCUGAAAUGCAAAUUCUGGUAGCCAAAGAUAUUAUUCCGGACCCAGAAUUUCUUGCUAAGUGCUUCCAAGAUUCCUUGCUGGAAAUGAAGGAAGCAGCUGUAGCCAGUUCAUGAAAUGUAGGAGAGAAAACAUAGUAAUUCUUUUCCAUUUUGUCUGAUAAGUUUAUGAGCACAUUGAUUUCAUCAUGCAGCAAAAUUUAUUUUUCAAUUUGUAAACUGAAUUUACUGUAACAUUUUUAUAGAAAUAAAACAUGAUUGACGUA